AUGUCUAGACCAGAACAGAUUGCACCGCCAGAGGUUUUCUAUAACGAUACCGAGUCGAGAAAGUACACGCAGUCGUCCCGUGUGCAGCACAUCCAGGCGAAGAUGACGUUUCGGGCGUUGGACUUGUUGAACCUCGAGGAGGGCCGGAGCCACUACCUGCUGGAUGUGGGAUGUGGGUCUGGGCUUUCGGGGGAGAUUUUGACGGAGGAGGGACACAUGUGGGUCGGAAUGGACAUCUCGGCAGACAUGCUGGCGACGGCGCUGGACAGAGACAUCGAGGGAGACCUCUUUCUUGCAGACAUGGGCUGCGGCGUGCCGUUCCGGCCGGGCACGUUCGACGCCGCCAUCUCGAUCUCUGCGAUCCAGUGGCUCUGCAAUGCCGACACGAACACAAACGAGCCGAAGUUCCGGCUCGCACGGUUCUUCAACACGCUCUACUCGGCGCUCCGCAAGGGCGGCAAGUUUGUUGGCCAGUUCUACCCAGCGAACGAGGACCAGACCGUACAGAUCACGGGCGCCGCCAAGGUGGCUGGCUUCCAGUGCGGUGUCGUCGUCGACGAGCCGGAGUCGAAGAGAAACCGGAAGCACUACUUGGUGCUCCAAGCGGGCUCGUCCGCAAGGCCGUUGAACGUCGAUGGCAUGGAGGUGGAGAACAUGGCGAAGGCACAGCACUCGAAGGAGUCCAGCAAGCUCUCCCGGAAACGGACCAAGGCGCUCGAGACGAAGAAGGAGUACAUCAAGCGGAAGAAGAUCCUCAUGGAGAAGCGGGGGAAGACCGUGCGCAAGGACUCGAAGUUCACCGGACGGGCCCGGAAGGCCCGUUUCUGA